GUCCUUCGCCUUCUCCGUGCGCAGCUGCCGCCUUCGUUUUGUGCCGCUCGGCCAUCGAAGGCGACGCGUGGCAUCGGUCACUACAUGCACUAAUCGCGCCUUCCCUGCAGCGGCUCCCACGUGGUACUUGGAGGCCAGCGGAGUUGUCACGGCUGACAGCUCUCAUCCGCGUGGAUCCUUUCCACAGCGAUCGCGGCCUGAUGGUGCUUCACAGCCAACCCAGAGUGGCAGUAAGGAAUGCCUCUCUCCUUCUGUCUAGCACCGGGGUAUAUAACUUGGUGGCAGAAGGUACCCAGGAGCGAGCGGUGAAGUCCUGCGGUUCCAGCCACGAUGGCAUUGCCGACAGCGCCUUCCUUCUGGAGCGGCCGCAGCAGGGCCCUCGAGCAGCAGCUGGUGCGCCACCGCGAGCAGGAGGCUCGCUUCAGGAGGCAGUGGGAGCUCAACAGCCUCUACUUUAAGCAGUCCGGGGUCUACAGCUCAAAGCAGGCCCAGUGGAGCUCACGCCAGUCCUAUGAACAAAGCAUGAAUGCUUAUCGCCGCGAGAAACUCAAGGAAGAGAAGCGCAUCAGCCUGGAGCGGAGGCGCAGGCAGCUCCAGGCCCUGCUCUUCGAGGAGCGCGAGAUGCUGGCGACGGAGCUGCAGGCGCUGCGGCUGAACAAGGACACGGACCUGAGCAAGAUGCGGCAGAAGACGGAAGACCUGAAGUCGGCCAGGGAGGAGCAGCGAAAGCAGAUCGCUGAAGACCGUCUGUACGAAUGCUGGAAGAAGAACAGCGCGAAGCUCCGGGAGGUCGAGUCCGAGCUGCACAAGCAGCACGUGGUGGAGGCCUGGGGAACUCAGCUGAGCCAAAAGCAGCAGCGAGAAGCAGCCGAGCGGGAAGAGGAGAGCCGCACGGAGAACGAAUACGAGGCGGCCCGCAGGGAAGCCCUGGAGAGGCUGAAGGAGCAGGAGGAGAGGCGGAGGCAGGACAGGCAGCGGCAGGCGGAGCUCCUGCGGCAGCAGGUGGAGGAGCUGCAGCUGCGCGAGGCAGAGGCUGCAAAACUGAAGAAAGAGGAGGAGAACCUGCUGAGGCAGCACUGGGAGUUGGAAGCCCUGGAGGGGGAGCGCAGGCGCCAGGAGCAGAACAGGAAGAAGAUCGAGCUCGGGCGCUUCCUGAAGCAGCAGUGGCAUGCCCAGCUGAAGAGGCGGGCGCAGCAGAUCCAGGCGGACCUGGAGAAGGACAGGCAGAUCCUCCAGGCCCUGGCCGAGGAGGAGGACGAGGAGCAGCGCCUGCAGUCCGCCCGGCGGGAGCGGGCCGUGGCCGCCGUGGCCUGGAUGAAGGAGGUCAUUGAGGAGCAGCUGCGGCUGGAGAGGGAGCGGGAGGCCGAGCUGGAGACCGUCUUCAGGGAGGAAGCCAAGCAGGUGUGGGAGAGGCGUGAGCAGCAGUGGGCGCGAGAGCAGGAGGCCCGGGACCGACUCAUGGCAGAGGUCCUGGCGGAGAGAGCGCGCCAGAUCCAGGAGAAGGUGCAGCUGAACCGCCGGGCGCAGGAGGAGUCGGUGCAGUGUCGCGAGCAGCUGAUCCAGGGGCUGGAGGAGGCCAAGCGGCUGCUGCGGCUCGAGAAGGAAGGGGAGACUGUGCUGAAAACGGCGCGCAGGCGGGAACUGGAGGCUCAGCUCACGGAGCGCCGGCUGCGGGAGCAGGAGGAGCGCGAGCGCCAGCGCCAGGAGGAGGCCGAGGCCCGUCUGGAGGAGCAGCGCCACGAGGCCCUGGAGCAGCUGGAGGCCAGGCGCAUGGCGGAGCACGGCUAUCGCAGCAAGCCCCACAGCUGCCCCAAGACGGCCUGGGCUUAAAGGUCGCGGCAGCAGUGAAGCCUGCCCAGUGCCCGGCUGGCGACUUCCCGAUGUCCUUGUGGCAGUGGUUUGCGAGGUGUGUCCUGUGGGGCCUCGCGGAGCGGGUGCAGAAGUCGGAAGCAAGCCCAGGCUGUGCCAGGGGGUGCGAGCUGCGUGAUGGGUGCGCGAUGACCCUUUCUUCUGCCGGACUCCGAUUCCUCCUGGCCUGCAGCAGAGGCGGCUGCACGAAGUUCUGUGCUGGAGACUGCACCGAGGGACGGGCAGCGGCCGACCGCCGGCCGGCCCCAUCUGCACCUUCCUGGCCUCCGGCAGGGACCAGCGCGCGCCUGCGAGGGCCUUGCUGGCUCGCCCUCCGGUCUCUGGCGGGGACGCGAGAGGGGUCAAUAAAGCUUCGUUUGGCA